AUGAUCAUGGCCGGACCAAGUGGUUCCACCGAGGAACGUCAUCACCUGCCCACAACCCUCGCGCAAUCAAUGGCCAGACUUGAUCAACUACCUAACGAACUCCUAUACCUGAUUGCAGAGUAUCUGGACUUGGGCUCGCUGGACCGGCUGGCCCAGAGCAAGCGAGCAUUCUACGGGGGCUUUAUGCCCCUAGUCUACAACAAAAGCGCGAUCGAACACAAGAACAUCUUAUUGUUCUGGGCAGCGGAAAUCGGCAACCUAGAUCUGUUGGAGGAGGCAUUGGCAGCGCAAGGACACGCUCGCGACGUCAACAUCUAUGGCACGAGCGUACGACCGUGGAAGGAGUUUGCGACCAAGACUGUGCCAAAAUGGGAUCCGUCUUCCACACAUGCAGGAGACUGGCCUAGCUCGUCGGUGUUCCAGACUCCGCUGCACUUGGCUGUCGUGUCCGGCCACCCUGAGGUGGUCGACAAACUGCUCGACUACGGUGCCGAUAUCAACGCUCCGUCUCAAAUGACGUGUACUUGCCUGGCUCGACGGGAACAAUACAUCACCGGCGCUCAAUACGGCAGAUUGUACGCGGGUAAUUUGCCUUUGAUCGACGAUCAUUCACCGAUGCCGGUCUGGGCUCCUUUACACCUUGCAAUCUGUCACAAUCAACUGUCAGUCGCUCGACUGUUGCUGCAAAGGGGUGCCAGCCUGCUGGCCUCACCCGAGCAGGGAGUUUCGGCUGUGCAGUCUGCUGCAGGGCAUGGGAAUGCCGACAUGAUCACGUUGAUCGCACAGUACGGCGGACUGGAAUACGUCAACGACCGGUGCCAGAGCUUAUCGCCACCUAUACUCUGGGCGCUAGAAGCUCUCGAGCUCAAGGAGGAGCCUACCCAUCUGGUCAUUGAAGCUCUAUUGAAGUUGGGUGCCAACAUCAACCACCGCGGAGGCCGAUGGUACACCACCCCUCUCGCCGUCGCAUGCAUGACGGGGCAGUUCAAAGUUGCGGCGUAUCUGAUGGAUAUGGGCGCAAGUCUCAGUUCAUGCACUCUUACGCUCCUUCCGGGCGCCACCCUCCUUCACAUGUGCCUCGACCGCGACCGCAAUAUAGAGAAGCUGGCCGGGCGCGAGUACAAUCCUUUGAACAUGCUAUCCAAGCUGGUGAAAGCGGGCCUGGACCUCGAAGCGCGGGUUGAGAUAACAGGCCACCAGUCUGCUACACAGCAUACACAUACCUGCUGUUCGUGGCAUGGAUGGACACCACUGUGGGGAGCUUGCCAGUCGGGCGAUCUCAGGGUUGUUGAGCUGAUGCUGCAGCUUGGAGCUAAAGCAGACAUUCAGCGGUCGAAUGGAGGGCAGGCAACACUCCUAGAUUGUCAAUUCUACUGCCACUUCCAUCCACGACUUGAUAUCGUCAAUGCCUUGCUUGGAGCUGGAGCGCGGCUAGGCAAUACUACGAUAUCUCAUACCAGCAUUCUGAAGAAUCCACCGCUGCUGAAAGUGCUAGUCAAGAGCGGCAUAAGCGUUAAUACCGUCACUCGAAACGGGAUGACACCGCUGCAGAUUGCCAUCUCUAGGUCCCUCGACGGAAGGCCGGAGAGAAUCUCAGAAGGCAUCCCUUCUGAGUCGGUAGCCUUACUACUUGACGGCGGAGCGGCUGUUGACGUACGGACCGGCGAAGGCUUAGGCGUGAUGGGGAACCUUCUCCAAAGGGGGAUCGUAAGAAACGAGAAAAUGUAUAGCUUGGCGGGAAUGUUGGUCUCGCGAGGGGCGCCGCUAUACGAUCCGAAGCCCGUGUACUUAAACGACAAGCUCUGUCUUGAUUCCCUGACGAGAAUUGUCAUGGACUCGAUCAACCGGAGAUACAGGUGGGCCCGUCACUCGAAAUCAUACAGGCAAAAUAAGGAGUACACCGACCCUCUGCUCGAGAAAAUCCUGCAGUUGAGUGUCAAGGAAUGCUUCACGAAGGAAUGUCUUGAAAAGAACAUCAAGCUCUGUUGUCAUGCCGAGGCGGAUGACAUUGCUGAGUGGCUGGGUAAGACGAUGACAAGGCAUGGUCUUGGGAGGCCAGGACUACGACCGCGUACCAAGCGCGUCAAAUACACAAACUGA